UUCAUGCGUACAGCGCGUCUCAGAGCAGCACUUGUGCGCCAUGACCGAGCGGGAUAUCACCGCUUUCACACUCCUACCGAUGACCACCGAGCAGAAAGAUCCCAAACAUAACUCUCUGCAAAAACUUUACUGCAGGAAUGGAGGAUACCAUCUCCGGAUCCAACCUAACGGGACCGUGGACGCGAGUCGACAAGAUAACGACGUUUACAUUCUUUUAAAGGUAAAAGCAGUGAAGGCAGGAAUAGUGGCUAUUAGGGGUCAUAAGACUGGACUAUACCUGGCAAUGGACAAAUAUGGAAAACUUUACAGCACUGUCAUGUUGAACGAUGAGUGUUGCUUCAUUGAGAAGAUAGAGGAGAACCACUACAACACAUACCGCUCACAGAGGUAUCAGGAGAAUGGAGACUGGUACGUGGGGAUCAAAAAGAACGGACGCAUGAAAAACGGCUCCAAAACACACAAGGGCCAAAAUGCAAUCUACUUCCUGCCGAUUCCAGUGGAUGGCAGCAUACAGUAACUCUUGUGCUGAUCAGAGGCCCUCAAAACAACCCAAGCACUAU